AUGUGGCUGCAGAUCCCCUCACCAUCCGAAAUUAAUAUCAAUUAUUGGGAUGAACGGUUACAAUAUCUACCAAGACUGUGUAAAUUGACCUUUCCUUUUAUAGUCCCACAAAAAAACGAUGAAAUAACUCAUAUCUCGAAAGAAUUCGUGGAUAUAUUUUUCGGCUUUGAGAGCAAAAUGCAAAACCCUCAGAAACGGAAAGUUUCGUUUUACAACCCUCUUAAUUACCUUAUACAAAAAAAUGAAGCAAUUACAGACUGUUGGAUGAUUUGUGACGUUGAUGAUGUGCAUCAGACAGUUUCCCAGUUCCUAAUCACAUAUAUCUACGAUCGUAUUUCGAAAAUCGGUCAGGAUGGUAAGGAUAACCCGAAUAUAGCCUCGAUAAUCUGCUAUAAUUUUGCAUCAUCUGGUAAUUGUCAAAAUUCAAAUUGCCAAAUGCAUCACGUAAGUCCGACACCGUUACUUCUAUUCCAACGCCAGAAACUUGCAAGACUUCAAUACACUGUGGUGCGACAGUUGGAUGUAUUAUACCGUCACGGACUUCUUUGUAAAGAAAUUCUUAAUUUACAAAAUUGGUGGGCUGAGAAUCUCGUUAAAUGUCAUUUACGAUAUCAUUCACCGCAUACAAGCUGCCCAGAGGUUACUUAUAUGGCUCUUGCCAAUCUUCCUAUUCACGUUCGUGAUGGUCUUAUAAAUGAAGUUUACAAGACAAUGUUAUUUAAUAAGUCAAAGAAUGCUAACGAUUUUGAGGUUAUGUUAAAAUACAUAUUAGUUAUUCAGCAGCUGCGGGACAAAACGGUUAUAGAUGAGUUCUAUCGGGAGAUGUCGAAAACAAAAAUACUUUCACACCCAAACGAUCUAACCGUUGGUUUUGAAUAUUAUUGUGGAAAUUUUCAAGCGAUUCCAAUUGGAAGAUAUCUCUCGCAAUUUUUUUCGUUUCUUUAUAAUAAUAAAGUGAUUUCCGCGAUUAUAAGUUCGAAAUCAUUUAUUAAUUAUUCACUAAAAAAUAUUAAGCAAGUCAAUCUAAUUUCAUCCGAUGCUCUUGGAGAUCUAACAUCUCUCGUGGAAUUUACAACGUCUUUGAUUUUCACAGUUGGUCAAGAGUAUUGCGAUUUGUGUCUUCCGCGAGCUUACCUGAUUAAUUACUUUGAAGCAUUUAAUGCGAAACCGCUCAUUCCGGUUCGUUAUACUUACAGCAGAAAGAACUAUUUGUCUGCAAUCAAUAAUUCAAUCGAUCAAGUUCAACAGCUUCUCGACCUGUUGUUUUGUAAAGAACAGGCUUAUUUGACAAUUAUCCUUCGUCUGAUACGGCUUUUAAUUCUUAUUGGUCUAAAUGAAUCUAAGUUUGUGCAAAAUAUCCUUAAUCUUUUCAAACACAUUAUUAGUAAAUACGAUAUCUUUUCUACAAAAAUCAAGAAAUACUUAAAAGAAGACGAUUUUACAAGUCUCGAGAUCAUUCUACAUAACGAUCUCAAGGAGAAAUUCUGUGACUCUUUGGUUAUCGUACAUCAUCGAUGCAUAAGCAAAUCGAAAUUUGCUUUCUUCGAAAAAAAUGGUGUCAAAAGACUUACAUAUAACUCUAUUGAGGAAUUCCGUUCUUCCCUUCGAAAGAUAAUAUCCUCCGUUACCGAAAUUCCGGAAGAUAAACUAGCCUUGCUUGAUUCUCUUGUUGAAAGUUAA